AUGAACCACGUUCUUGUGAUUCUGGAGGCUGAAGCGUGCCGACACCCUUGCGCCAUUCCUCAUGUCGGGACAUCCGACUGUGUCGCCGAUCGUAACCGUAAUUUUGCCGCGACGCCUCCGUUCAAGGUUGCCAGCAUUAGUCCUUCUGCGCCUCAGGAUAUCCAACAUAGCGGCGACUGCGUCGAGGAUAUGGGGCCAUUGUCAUGA